GGCUGCCGCUCGUCACCGGAAGUUGUCGUUAACGGCUGAUUCUUCUCUUUAAAAGUCCUCCCCCAGCGCUGCCUGCGCCAGUAAACCGAGAGUGCGCCGUUAAGCUCGGUACUGAGCGCGGCCACCACAGCGAUCCGCCACUCAGACAGCCGAGCCGGCCCGGCCCGACCCGACCCAGCAGCGAACUGACGACCGUCGGAGGCCACCCCGCUGCUUUACCUGACCGUCCGCGUGGAGAGGUGGGAGAUCCGCAAGAACGGUCGCUCGAUGGGGAGCAACAGAGAACUACCUCUUUGCGUCACUGCUUCAUCUCUAUACUGCAGAAACUCCUCUAUAAUGAAACUAGUAUUAACUGAAUGGCAAUUAAUAUGGAUUUUUAAUAGACAGUAAACAAGCCAUAAUCCAAAGCUUCUACCAAAAAGUCUUCAUCUGGUGUAUGGUUUUAAGAAUAUUUUUGAAGGAAAUGGUGGAAGAGAAAUAUUAACCCUGCAACUGAAGCACACGGAAACGGCAGGAAGCAAUUUUUUUUCAAAAAGCAGAUUUUUUUUAUGGCAGCAAUGGCACCACAGAAUGAUGAUACAGGACCUAUGCAAGCACAAGAAUUGCUCACAAAGUUGAAAAAGGAGGUCGAGGAGAAUGGUGAUGAAACAGUUAGUGAGGGAUCCAUUGACCAUAUUCCCAUCAAAUUGUGGGUCAUGCAUGGUGCAGUGAUGUUUGGCAGGGAGUUCUGUUAUGCAAUGGAAACUGCCUUGGUAACACCAGUAUUGUUGCAGAUAGGUCUUCCAGAACAAUACUACAGCCUCACCUGGUUUCUAAGCCCCAUCCUGGGACUGAUCUUCACUCCUCUGAUAGGUUCUGCUAGUGACCGCUGCACUUUGAGUUGGGGCCGCCGCCGGCCCUUCAUCUUAGCUCUUUGUAUUGGAGCCCUCUUCGGAGUUGCCCUCUUCUUAAAUGGCUCCCUCAUAGGUCUGGCCAUUGGAGACGUUCCUGACCAUCAGCCAAUUGGCAUAGUCCUGACUGUUGUUGGUGUAGUAAUACUGGACUUCUGUGCAGAUGCAACAGAGGGACCAAUUAGAGCUUAUUUGUUGGAUGUGGCGGACACAGAGGAACAAGAUAUGGCACUCAAUAUCCAUGCAUUUUCUGCAGGUCUUGGUGGAGGUAUUGGCUAUAUGCUUGGUGGUUUAGAUUGGACACAAACUGCUUUGGGCCAAAUCUUCAAAUCACAACAGCAAGUCCUCUUCUUCUUUGCUGCCAUCAUCUUUUCUGUGUCUGUUGCUCUACAUCUUUUCAGCAUUGAAGAAGAGCAGUAUAACCCUCAACAAGACCGUAUGGAUGAACAAACAGAUGCACGGGCCACUGUUAAUGUGAAUUACAGUCUCCCACCCCUCCCUCGGCUCGAUCCGCUUUAUGAAGAAGGACCUUGCACUACUGCAGUCUUCCCUGAUGAAACUUGCUCAGUACAAGAUGUUAAUCUCAACUUCCUGGAUGUAAAUAUUGGACGGAGCCAAAGUGACUCUGUUUUGCACAUGCCUGACGCAACUAUAGAAAUUGAAUCAGAGUUAUUUUUUUUGAGAGACAUUGAACCUUCUAUUUUCCAGGACCAUUGUAAUAGCCUGCAUCAAUCUUCAACAAGCUUAUCCAAAAGUAAUAACCAGGAGAUUACAUUAAAGCUCAAUUACAUCUCUGGUUUGCUCAGGGAGCAUGAAUUUGAAGAUGUUUUGAAAGACGAUCUUAAAACAUCCAAAGUGGCAAAUGGGCCAUCUGAUGACUGCACUAAUGAUCAUAUUAACCAUAAUACCUGCAGGAUUGGGAUGAAACCGUCAACAACCAGCAGUUCCAUGCGUAGGCGUAGGCAUGUGUUCUACAGGCAACCAUCUCACACCUUUUCGUACUAUGGCAAGGUGGGUUCACAUCGUUACCGCUUUCGUCGUGCAAAUGCCAUUGUCCUGAUCAAGUCUUCACGCAGUAUGAAUGACCUUUACGAUCUGCAGAAGAAACAAAGGCAGCGUCAGAGACAGAGGAACCAGAGUGGUGUGACCAACUCAAGCAGUGAUACCGAAAGUGAGGAAGGAGAGUCUGAGACAACUGUAAAGCUUCUGUGGUUAUCUAUGCUGAAAAUGCCAAAAGAGCUGAUGAGACUCUGUGUUUGUCACCUGGUAACUUGGUUUGCUGUGAUUGGAGCUGCUGUAUUCUACACAGACUUCAUGGGGCAAGUUAUCUACGGAGGCAACCCAAAAGGUCUUUCCAAUUCUACUGAGCUUUGGAACUAUAAAACUGGUGUGCAGAUGGGAUGCUGGGGACUUGUUAUUUAUGCUAUUACUGCUGCAAUCUGUUCAGCUAUUUUACAGAAGUACCUGGAUACUUACGAUUUGAGUAUUAAAGUUAUCUACAUAUUAGGAACACUUGGAUUUUCAAUUGGUACUGCAGUAAUGGCUAUUUUUCCGAAUGUUUAUGUAUCAAUGAUAAUGAUCAGUACAAUGGGAAUAGUAUCUCUGAGUAUCUCAUACUGCCCUUACGCUCUUCUUGGACAAUACCAUGAAAUGAAAACGUAUAGAAAUCACAGUCCUGGAAACUCCAAGAGGGGCUUUGGAAUAGACUGUGCAAUCCUUUCCUGUCAAGUUUAUAUUUCCCAGAUACUGGCAGCAUCCGCACUGGGUAGUGUGGUGGAAGCGGUUGGUUCAGUUCGAGUCAUCCCUAUUGUGGCAUCCAUUGGUGCAUUCCUUGGUUUUUUAUCUGCCUCAUUUCUUGUGAUAUAUCCUGGAACUCAAGAAGACCCAGUGGAGGAAGGAAAUAAAGAAACUUUAAUGGCAUCUUCAGUAGUAAACAGUGGGAAAAGUACAGAGAAGCCAAGUGUUUUGAAGUUGACUACUAAAGGCACCAUCUCUGAAGUGGAGACUGAAUCGUCUGUUUAAUAAAACAUUCCAGAAAAUGCAUGAUCAAAAAGACAAAACAAAUUUCCUGUCUUUCAUUCUUUUCUGCAGUCUUAACCCACUUUGUGGAAAAGAAAAUUUAACAACAAUCAUAAUAGGUUCUGGUAAAUGGCAGUCUGGGAGUGUACAUGGUGAACAAAAUUGUUUCAUGAGUAUUUUUAUUUACAUUUCAGGACAUACAUGAUAAUUUGUUUUUGUGUACCUUUGGAUAUAGUGAGGCAUCAAGUAAAUAGAUUGAUGUUGGUUACAUUUAAAAGGAGUAUGUCAAUCCAAGCAUAGCAUUUGUAGCAAGUGAAACAUCUAUUUUGCAGUACAUACUGCUUUCCUUAAGUCCCUAAUUACACUGUUGCUGAUUCUCACUAUGUGAAAUUUUAACUUGUAACCAUUAUAAACAGAGCAUUAAAAAGUAAUAGAAUCCUUUGACUAUUCUUUCUAGAAGUGGAGAUGUUUAAUGAGUAGUUAUCUAAACAAACAAACAAACUGGGGAACUAAAAUCUUUCAAUAGUCUUUCCUGUUAGCCCAUUAGGUUAGAUAAGUACACUUAUUUAUCCAGUAAAGAGGAAACAUACUGUUGAUAAUUUCACUUUGGACAGCACAUCACAGCUCCCAACUUUUUCCUGACAACUGUCUUGCAGCAAGCCCUACAUACAUUUGACCAAUGUGCUUGAAUAAGGUGGAAUUUAAUAUAAUAAGCCCUAGUCAAGUCAUUGAGAAUUGUCUGAGAUAUUUUUGUAAAAAAUUUAAAACACAGGCUUAUAAAGACAUAUGUUGCCUAUGAUAUAUUUGUUUCCAAUAGCAGACAUCCAGUUUUGCUGUACUAUUUUUGAUAACAGAUUUACAUUUUUGCAACAACUCUGCAAGGCAUUCCUUUCCUUCACUGGGUAUCUCAACAAAAGAACAAACAUUUAAUAAUAAUGUUGCAAAUCAGUACAAAUGGUUUAGUCCACAAAGACCAAGCUAAGAACUUGCCUUGAAUGCAAAUCGCUUAUAAUUAUUGCAUGGCCUUGAUGCCUAUAGGUCUUUCUUUAUGUUGCCCUUUAAGUGUGUUUGUAUGUGCUCAAAUUACUAUUUCUGGUCCUUUGUCCGAAUCUGUUUUCACAGCUGCUUUAGGAUCAAAUAUACAUUUCUACAAGGUUGAGUGACCUAGAGUUUCUUUCAUGUCUCAGCUUGUUGCACAGUUUCACCUCUCCCUCUGAGUUUGAGGUUGGUUAUGUUUAUGUCUUCAUACAUGAAACACUGGUCACUCCAGCAGUGGAGUACUAGAAGUAAGAGCUUAGUAACCUACUAUGGAGAAAAUUAUUUAAUGUGAAAUAAAGAAAAGCAUAGGAAAACUAAUUGGAGCAGUGCUUUGAGAAAUAUUACAAGCUAUCCUUUUGAAAACUGAACAUGGCCUGAUUGUUACAGUUUCUUGUAGGUGGCUGAAGGUUGUCUGUCCUCUCAGGAAAAGACUGCAAAAAUGUGGCAUAAAAUCAUGUAUUUCUGUUGUGCUGAAACUCAACGCUGGACUGAAAGUGAAUUGCUCAGCACAGCCUUGAUACUUCCAGAAUUAGCCUUAGCUUGAUUUUUAGGCUUAGAAGUAUAAUUCAGAAUGAUUUUCACUGUGAUAAGGCUGUAGUAAAGACUGACACUAACCACUGAGUUCUUUUUUAUUGUGUGCAGAUGAAUCACACAUUGCAAUAAUUCAUCAGCCCACCUUUAUUGUGAAAUGGACAUCUCAAUGCAUGCAGAAACACAAUGGCAUUGUAUGUAAAAUCUGUCGUGAGUUACAAUAAAUCCACUAUUGCUUUGUGAUUGGUGGACUCAGUGCAAGGAUGUGUAUUUGGAAGAAAAGUACAAGUUUACCAAAGCAAAUAGACACAGUAAGUGGCAGUAGAAUCCAAGUUUAAUGCACUGGUUCUACACUGACAAGACGUUGACUACUAAAGCAAAACCUUAUGAAUGUACAAUGCGUGGUUCUUUGAAUGCUAAGGCAAUCCAGCAGAAAAUUGCACACUAUUCUCAUCAAUUUAGAAAUGUUUGUCAUAUUUAUUUUGCUAUUAUAAUGUGUUUUAUUUUGUAUUAAAAUACCACCACGCUUAACAGACCUGUACUGGAAAAAAAGUCAAUUUGUAUUUGGUGCAUUUUCUAUUUUAUACAUUUUGACAAUUACCUUUUAAAGUGGGGAGAGAAAAGAUAAUGUACUGGGCCCUUGAUUUUCUGAGUAGCUGCUUUCAAUAUUAUUGCUAACUCCUGCCCAGCAAAAGUGAAGCAACUUAACUGUUUAAAAAAAGCUUAUAAUAUACUUUGAGAUGAGGAUAAUGAAUAAAUAAUACAUUUAAAAUAUACUCUGCAAUUUGUAAUAACAUUAGUUUUAUGGCAAGUGGGGGAAAUCUUAAAGUGCAUGUUCAAAUUUACUUGUAUUAAUAUUGACCAGGUCCAAAUAUCUGGAUGUGUUUGAGUGGCCUGACUUUAUUUAAUAAGGGAUGUUCCUGAUCACACUGUCUGUAUUAAUAGGUGUCCAGCUGUUACGAUGAUCAAUAGAUAACUUACUUUGUGUAAACCAGUCUAAAAUAAGAUAGUUUCUGUCUGUGCAUUCAAAAUCUGUAAGAAAAAUGCAUUUUAGCGUGCCUGUUGUUUGCCAGUUUUCUGUUCUUAAAGUGCAGCAAAGAUUGUGCAUUAUCCCAUCAACAAUAUUGAACUUGCACCUGACCAGGAGUGACUAUUCUCAAAUUUGCACAGCACAUUUCUUUUCUGUAUUUUUCUAAAGGACUACCAACAUUAUUUGAGAUACACAGUUUUAGGAGGCCAGUGUCACUUUGUAAUUGUUGAACUGCACUUGGAUGAAAUGGAGGUCUAAAAACAUUGGUACCUCCAAAAUGUGUCAUUCGCUCUAUCAAGACAUUUCAUUUUAAGUAUGGUUCCAUAGUGAACUGGCUAAAAGACAACUGCUUUUGUAAUCAACUUAUUAAGUUGGGUCACUAGUAGCUCUUGCUGAGUGGAAAUAUUAAAUGUGUUAAACACAUGCUUUAGUUUUAAAAAGGGAUAAAAGCAAAGUAUAUUUAAGAAUGAUACAAGUGACUUAAUGGCAUAAACUUUAUAUUUUCAAGCUUUGUGUUAAGAAACAAUGAGUCAUUGCAUGAAACGGUGACUGACUGUUGAGCACUUUCCAUUUUAACUGUAUGCUUGAUUUUAAAAGAAAAUGACAAAAGAUUCUAUUCUUCCAUAUAGUGUUUCAAUAUAUUUCAUGAAAAAUAAAUUGGAGUGAAAUUUA